AUGGAACAGAACUGCGAGGAUUGCAUGAGAUGGGAAGAAGAACUCUACUGGACUCAUUUCCAGACCCUGCAUUUCGCUCAGCUGCUCCUUGCUGGUUUUCAAAAUCGCCUCGCGAUUCCUCAAAAGUUUUCAACACAUUGCAAAAGGAAGCUACCUGAGACUGUGACUCUCAAAAGUCCAAGUGGCGCUUCAUACACUGUCAAAGUAGAGGAAGAUGAUGAGAAGACACUGUCUUUUUGUCUUGGCUGGGAGAAGUUUGUGAAAGACCAUUCCCUAAAAGAGAAUGAUCUGUUGAUCUUCAAGCUCCAUGGAGUCUCUGAGUUUGAAGUGAUGAUUCUAGAUGGAUACACGUUAUGCGAAAAGCCUUCAUCAUAUUUCGUCAGGAAAUGUGAGUGUGGACAUGCAGAGAAGAGAAAAGGUACAGAUUUUUCUGCAACCUCUACAGGAUCGCCUCAGAUCCACCAACAACCUUCAUUACCAUUACCAACAUAUGGCAAUGAGGUUGAUGACUUUUUUGACAUUGAUACAUUGCUGAAUCCGAAUCUUGUAGUAUCGGAGACUGGUUAUGAGCAAGACGCUCAUAUUAACUCUGAAAUUGAUACAACAACAUCUAGCCAGCUUCCUGUGAUACCUUCCACUAUUACCGGACAAAAAAUCAGUGAAGGUGUGUAUCCCCUUAACGUUUUCAAGAAGAUGCGGAGAGAAACAAGUAACAACAACCUCGAUACUAAAGCUGGUAUAUAUGAUGAGUCCAUAGAUUUAUUUAGUUUCCAUCUUAUUUAUGAUGCAUUGUAG